AUGCCUGACAUCAACUCAACAUGGACUGAUGAAAACCCAGAUAAUCAUCUAACAUCAAUCCCCACCAGCACCUCCUCCCUGGACCUUAAAGUUAACAAUACAACUUUAACCAUCAUUGAACCUCACUUAAAGCCUCCAAUCAGUUUGUCAACAACUCGGAAACAAUGUACUCCACUCAACAGGGCCUUGAUCAAUCAAGAUCUGGAGGUUUCUGAGGAAGAGAUCAUCUACUUAUCAAGACAACUAAGACACACCAAUUUUAUGUUCUCAGCCAACAGUACAUCCAAACACGGAGGCUGGAACUACCUAGUUACCCCAGUGAUCCUUGACGGAGAUAGCUACACCUUUGAUCCGGCUGGGGACUAUCUGAUGGACAAACACCUAGUCACAUUCGAACUCAGCCCCUUUAAGCCACUGGACUUCACUCGCGAUUCUCCCGAUUGGAUUCAACACAACAUGACCAUCGACACCAAAAUCCUACCUCACAUCAAGAUUUGCAAACAACAUAAGGAUUGGGCAUCAAAGCCAAAUCUAGGACAAUUUCAGGCUUUGGAGCGGGUCAAAUCCAACAUUUAUGUAGCUCGUACGCUGAAAGAUUUUCAAGAAGCCCUGGAGAGAGUAGCUUCUAUGUCCUCGCGCUUGCAAGCCCUUCAUGUUGCCGCAGACGAGAUGCAUACACAAAGUUCAGGCUUAAAGCCUAGUGAGAACCUUUGGAAAACACAACAAGGACAAGUCCGAAUGGCUUUUGUGUGA